UAUGCCAAAGACACAGCAGCCCUCAGUCACUGGGAGAAGGACCUCUCAUACACCCGUCCCCCAAGGCGCUCCAGCCCCCGAUUCACUCGGCCACACUCACCAUGUGUGAAGAGGAAACCACCGCGCUCGUGUGUGACAACGGCUCCGGCCUGUGCAAGGCUGGCUUCGCAGGAGAUGACGCCCCCCGGGCUGUCUUCCCUUCCAUCGUGGGGCGCCCUCGCCACCAGGGCGUGAUGGUAGGAAUGGGCCAGAAGGACAGCUACGUGGGGGAUGAGGCGCAGAGCAAGCGAGGGAUCCUGACUCUCAAAUACCCCAUUGAGCACGGCAUCAUCACCAACUGGGAUGACAUGGAGAAGAUCUGGCACCACUCCUUCUACAAUGAGCUGCGGGUAGCACCCGAGGAACACCCAACUCUGCUCACGGAGGCCCCCCUAAAUCCCAAGGCCAACAGGGAGAAGAUGACGCAGAUCAUGUUUGAGACCUUCAAUGUCCCCGCCAUGUACGUCGCCAUUCAAGCCGUGCUCUCCCUCUAUGCUUCCGGCCGCACAACGGGCAUUGUCCUGGAUUCAGGGGAUGGUGUCACCCACAACGUCCCUAUCUACGAGGGCUACGCGCUGCCGCACGCCAUCAUGCGCCUUGAUCUGGCCGGCCGCGACCUCACGGACUACCUCAUGAAGAUCCUCACAGAGAGGGGCUAUUCCUUUGUGACCACAGCCGAGCGGGAAAUCGUGCGUGACAUCAAGGAGAAGCUGUGCUAUGUGGCCCUGGAUUUUGAGAAUGAGAUGGCCACGGCGGCCUCCUCUUCCUCCCUGGAGAAGAGCUACGAGCUGCCUGACGGGCAGGUCAUCACCAUCGGCAACGAGCGCUUCCGCUGCCCCGAGACCCUCUUCCAGCCCUCGUUCAUCGGCAUGGAGUCAGCUGGCAUUCAUGAAACGACUUACAAUUCCAUCAUGAAAUGUGACAUUGACAUCCGCAAGGAUUUAUACGCCAACAACGUCCUCUCCGGGGGUACCACUAUGUACCCUGGCAUUGCUGACAGGAUGCAGAAGGAGAUCACAGCCCUGGCCCCCAGUACCAUGAAGAUCAAGAUUAUUGCUCCCCCAGAGCGGAAGUACUCGGUCUGGAUCGGAGGCUCCAUCCUGGCCUCUCUCUCCACCUUCCAGCAGAUGUGGAUCAGCAAGCCAGAGUAUGACGAGGCAGGGCCCUCCAUCGUCCACAGGAAGUGCUUCUAAGCUCAGGGCAGAUUCUCAGGGGAGCUCCCUGAGACUGCUCUGUUAACAAGCAUGAAACAUUAAAACCUGCAAGCCUUA